GAGUGGUUCGCCGUGCAACAUGCGAACACGUUAAUUUUAUUUUAUAUCACAAAAAUAAUAAUUUGUUUUUCAAAAAAAAAAAAAAUUGUACAACUGCAACGUUUUACUUUGUAUUUUAUUUUUUUUUAUUUUUUUACGCGGCGGAACCCAAUAGUUACAUUAGAUUAUUAAAUAUAUUCAUUUAAAAAAAAACAAAAACAACAAUGUCUUCGAAUUGUACCAACGCUGCGCCGGUCAGUGCCAGCAAAACCAAGACAAAAAAGAAACAUUUUAUCGGACAGAAAGUGAAAUUGUUCCGGGCCAGCGAACCUCUUCUCAGCGUCUUGAUGUGGGGGGUGAACCACACGAUUAAUGAGCUAAGUAAUGUGCCCGUCCCGGUGAUGUUGAUGCCAGAUGAUUUUAAAGCCUAUAGCAAGAUCAAGGUCGACAACCACCUGUUCAACAAAGAGAAUUUGCCGAGCCGGUUUAAGUUCAAGGAAUAUUGCCCCAUGGUGUUUCGAAAUCUACGAGAACGGUUUGGCAUUGAUGAUCAGGACUACCAGAACUCUCUGACAAGAAGCGCCCCUUUAAACAGCGACUCUCAGGGUCGGUUUGGGUCCAGAUUCCUCACCACCUACGACAGGAGAUUCGUGAUCAAAACCGUGUCGAGCGAAGAUAUUGCGGAGAUGCACAACAUUUUAAAGAAAUACCACCAGUUUAUCGUGGAAUGUCACGGCAGCACGCUUCUCCCUCAGUUCCUGGGGAUGUACAGAUUAACAGUGGAUGGUGUUGAGACCUACAUGGUCGUCACAAGGAACGUAUUCAGUCAUAGGUUAACUCUACAUCGCAAAUAUGACCUGAAGGGUUCAACUGUAUCAAGGGAAGCUAGUGAUAAAGAAAAGGCCAAGGAGCUGCCCACUUUCAAAGACAACGACUUCUUGAACGAAGGACAGAAGCUUCACAUCGGGGAUGACAACAAGAAGUACUUCCUGGAGAAGCUCAAGAGAGACGUGGAGUUCCUGGCCCAGCUGAAGAUCAUGGACUACAGCCUGCUGGUGGGGCUCCACGACGUGGACCGGGCGGAGCAGGAGGAGAUGGAGAUCGAGGAGCGGGGCGAGGAGGACGAGUACGAGAACGACGGCAUGGGGGGGACCACCGGCUCCUUCGGGACCCCGCCCGACAGCCCCGGCAACCUGCUCAGUUUCCCCGGAUUCUUUGGCCCCGGGGAGUUUGACCCCUCGGUGGAUGUGUACGCCAUGAAGAGCCACGACAAUGCCUUGAAAAAGGAGGUGUACUUCAUGGCGAUCAUUGAUAUACUGACACACUACGACACAAAGAAGAAAGCUGCCCACGCUGCCAAAACUGUCAAGCACGGGGCAGGAGCUGAGAUUUCCACCGUGAAUCCCGAGCAGUACUCCAAACGAUUCUUUGAAUUUAUCUCCAACAUCCUGUCAUAGUACCACCCCCUCCAUCUCUAUCCCCUGAAAACUCCAAGAGGAGGCACGAGAUUGAGAGACUUUUUAAGUUUGGAAGAAGAAGAAGAAGAAGAAAAGUUGAGUUGAGUGUGUUGAGUUUUUGAGCAGUAUUUAAUAAUCCCCAAGUUCAAGAGAAAACUGCAGUGUUGUCCCCUCAUCCACCGUCUUCGAAUACUCUGUGAAUGGAGUGCGCCACCCCCCACGGCUAUUCCUGUCCCUCGUUUAAUUACUGAACGGACUCCCAUCAGCGUUGCCUUGGACUGUUUAUUUGUUAUUGCUUCAAGCAAUUAGCAUUAUUAUUCUUAUUAUUUUUGUAUUUUUAUUGAUUCUUUUAAAACUGUUUUUUUUUUUUUUUUAACCGUAAGGACUCGAUCGAUCGAGGAGUGGAGAGUGUGCAGCGUUUUCUAGCAUCGAAUUCCACGGCAAGUUUACGGCAAGUUUGCCGAAUAAUGGGUAUAAAAAAGUAGGUCAAUUUAAUGCAGACCUUAUUGGUCUGAUGAGACUCGUCUGGUGGUAACAAAUAAACAUUCAAAUGAAGUUCAUGCCCUGUCUCGUCACUUUCCGAGUGCCAGAAAUCUGUUUUUUUACUGCAUUCCUGGUUUAGCCCCCACCCGUUUCCUUGUACGAGAACGACAGCUCAGAGUGGUGGUGCCUCUGCACACCCCUAUUAAUUAGUAGCUAAACCGUAUAGACCAUAAGCUGAAGUGAGACAGACUGAGCUGGGCAAAUUGACUUUGCUUGCACCCCAAGUCCUGUUUUGUUAGUAACUUGUUGAGAUUUCUUACUGAAAUGAUUGGUGCUGUGCCCGCAGUCUAAGAUAUUAGUCUCCAGCUAAAUGUGCUCUGAAUUGAUAAGAUUCAUUUCAGGAGUCAUCCAGCCGGCCCCCAGCUCUUCAAAUUGUGGAAGAUUAUACAGCAGUAGGAGGUAAGCAGUUUAACUCUGCGUGGAUUUCGCAUGUGUGGGUGUCAAACUCCAGUCCUCAGGGGCGUAGGGUCUUCGGGUUUUCAUUCCAACUUAAGCUCUCAAUUAACAUAACUGAUCUAAUUAUUUCUUCAGUUGGACAUAUUUAAUAUGUUUUCAAGGUCUUUUACAUCUGAUGAUUUCAAAAGUACGAUCUAGGAAACAUUUUGAGACCUGGACAGAAGUGUUAAAUGUGUCCAGUUAAUCAAAUAAUUAGACCAGUUAAGUAAUAGAGAGCUUGGGGUGGAUCGAAAGCCAGAAGACACUGCGGCAGUCCAGGAGCUGAGUUUGACACCCCUGGGUGAGCAUGACUGCUUCUAUUGCUAUAUUCUUUUUUUUAAAGCUGCAACUUUAAUCAAUGAAAUUAACAAGAGGCUAAACAAAGAAGAAUGAGUCACCCAAACAACUUGUUUUACUUAUCGCAUGAAUUGAUAUUUUAUAUAUUGUUUACAUUAAGAAAAAAAAGAUGGUUUUUUUUCUUUUUGUUUGUAUGCAGUAUUUUUUUGUCACUAGCAAACAGCAGAAAGAUACAUUACUUGAAGGUCAUGCAUUGCAUAUUAAAGGGAGUUUUAUGUUUUUUUUUUUUUUGUGGAAGAAAAGAUCUCUCGGGCUACUGUGAGAGUCAGAGGGUGUCUCGUUUUAUUUAAUUUUUUGUAUAAAGACUUUUAUCCAAGGUUUUGGAGAGCUGCCCUUAAAAAAAAAAAAAAAAAAAAAAAAAAUCAUGCCUUGAAUUUCUCCCCCGCUCAUAAUCGAAUUACAAAUCAGUGACGUUCUGGAACACUAAUGCAGACUAAACACAAUAUAUCAGAAUUGAAUACCCCUGAACUAGCCUCGGGAACUAAUAUUUAAAUAAAAUGUAUAUAUACUGAGCAUCAAAAUAAACUUAUCACUUAUAUUUGAGUAUCAAAACAAACGUAUCACUUAUAUUUGGAUAGAAUUCACUAGGUAUGAUCAAAAAAUGACAAACUCUGUUUUAGAGCAGGUGCAAGUGACUUUUAUUGUGCUGAUUAACAACUGACCUCACGAAGAUGCUGCAGAAUGAUCUGUCGAUCUCUGGCAGGUGUUGUGACUCUUGGUCUCCCACUUCGUGGCCUGUCAUUGACAGAGUGUGUCUGGUUAUACCGUCGCGCCAGGUUUGAAAUUGCUGUCUGUGAGCACCCAAGACGGCGAGCCACAGUGCGCUGCUCUAGGCGCUGCUCUCUGGACAGACGUGGCAUUUUUUUUUUUUUUUCUGUGAUUCAUUAUUGCUUUUAUUCAAGCUUGCAAUUCAGCAGCUGAAAUCACUCCUUAUCCAGUGUCCAAUCAACUGUCUCACUAAUUAGGUGAUUAAGUGCAUAUGCUUCAGUCACAGGCACUCAGGCGUGUCAUGGUCAAGGAUGAAUGAUUGAGUGAUUAAAACGAAACCAAAAACAUUUCGUCAACGUCCAUCAUUUAUAUACCUUAUUUUUUUCCGAAAAUAAAUGUGUUAUAACAGUGAUACGUUUAUUUUGAUGCUCUGUGUGUGUUUUUUUUACAAAUGCAAGAAGAGAUUUGUAAAUCAGGAGCGAUCACAAGCCAGGCAGACUUGUGUUAAAUCCCUUCUUUAAAGGGGAGGUUCACAGUAAAUUGUCCAGAAGUUGCACUGGUCAGUUCAAGUUUAAGGUUUUCAGGAAUAUAUUUUUGCAAAUAAAGUGACAUGCCUCUGAAACUCCCUUCACACUAAUAUGUUCAUUUUGGAAACGUGACUGUGAAUGAGACAGAUGGCGAUCACGUGGUUUUCAAAACCCGUGGAGCAUGCACUGUUUAAUUUGGAUGGGGUGAUGUUGGUUUAAAAUUGUGCAAACUUGACUGACAGGGAUCAGCCCUCUCCCACUGUAACCUGGAUCUUUUUCCUGCAACAGAGUUAAUGAAAUGAAGACAAACUCUGGGAAGAGUAUCUCUUUGCUGAUCACUUUUGUUACACCUUUCAGCAUGGGAGUUAUUCAACCGGUAACCCUUUCCCCUCCUAAAACUGAACAGUGCAAUGUUUUUACUUUUUUUCUUGUGCAUAAAAACCCUUACAUUUCCCAAAUGGAUUUUAAGCAGGUUCACUGUCCCGUGGUAAUGGAGUUUUUUUAGGGCUAUCCCAGUCCAGGACUUCGUUGAAAUCAUGCCGUUAGAUAUCUAAUUGAACCCGUGCCCUGGGUUGGAGCAGGGUCAUGUACUUGAAUGAAUGGGCCACUGUACUGAGAAUCUGCUUCAGCCUUGCUCCUGAACAUAGUAUAUAAAAAAAAAGCACUUUAUAUUUUAAUCCAGUUUGCAAUCAAACAAUUAAGGGAUUUUUUUUAGUGCUUGUUAAUAAAACACACCUGCUUCAUCUAAAAUAUAAAUUUUUAAAAUGUACGUCUGACUAGUACAGAAAAGCAUGGUCAAAGACAGUUUAAAACACCAUUUUUUAAA